CAAGAGUGAAGACGCCCCCUCCCCUCCCAACCCUGCCCUGCCGCCGCGACUCGCCCCUCCCCCGCCCCACUCUCUUUGCGGCGCCGCCGCAGCAGGUGGCUCUCUCCUCUCGCACGCAGCGCCCCCGCGGCAGCAGCUCGCAGUCGCGCCUCGCUCGCUCCGCCUCCGGCGAUCUCUUCUCGCCUUCCCGGCGCCGCCUCCGGCCCUCCGCCUUAUCGCCUUAAUAGUGUUUGACCUAGUAUGGAAGACCAAAGGAGACGUACCCUGGAAGCUCUAGAGCGACGAUUUGCUCAAGCAAAGUCAGAGGUUCAGUCACAGAAACAGAAUAGCAAGAAAAGACCAGCUGAAGAUAAGAAAACAGUUGCUUUACAUGUUGAAUCCUUGUCUGCAGAUUCACCAAUCAAUAAGCCACUCUCCAAAUCUUCAUCUAAAAGAGGAAAAUUUUCUUUUACGGAUCAUACUUCUAAAGAAGAUACAGGAUUAAAUGAGCCUGCAUACUUGAAGCUUUCUCACUCUGUUCAUGAAAAUUUGCUCCCAAAUGGUGCACAAGUUUCUGAUGGUAGAAUCACAGUUAAUGGGGUUUUACAUGAGCUUUUCCAACAUGGUGAUUCAGCUAAGAAAUACAUGCAAGGAUCCAAAAGUAUAAAAAUUGAGAAUACAAUACUUCUAGAUAAUUAUGUCCACAAACAUGGCAGUUCAAGUUCUGGUCAUAUUCAAGCACUACAGCAUGGCUCAAAACGCUCUAAAAAGCAUAUGUCCCUGAAGCAACAUAAGAGUAUCGGAUCAUUUGACUUGCCAAAAGAGUUCCAUAACUUUAACAUCUUUAAGCCUAUGCAUGAAAAGUGGAAAUCCUAUGUACAUCAACUUCUAAGAAUUGUCGGGAAAGGGCAGUUGGCUCAGUGCUUCCUUAAUGCUGACCUACAUGGUGCAAUCAUUUUAGUUGUUCAGUGUAAAACUGUUGCGUACGUAGGGUUGCAUGGCAUCAUGGUUCGAGAGACUAAAGAAACAUUUGGAAUUGUUACUCAAGAUAAUAAAUUCAAAGUUGUGCCCAAAAAGCUUUCUGUUUUUAUGCUCCAAGCAGAUUGCUGGAAGGUUACACUACAUGGAGAUAGACUUGUAUCCAGAAACUUGGUUCCAUAAUUUUAUUACGAGUAAGUUCUCCAUCUUACGAACUAUAUGAUAUCUUUUAAUGAAAUUGUGCUGGGUCUGUUUUUUAGUUAUAUUUUUGACAUCAGAUUUCUGAAGUCACGUUGGAGCAUAUGUUGUCGGCCUCUCUAAAAAGUUUUAUGAAUCAGAGUGACGACCACGAGGGUUUGAUCGUACGAUGCCGGGGUCACCCAUUGGCUGAUAUUAGCUAGAAUAGGAAUGUGUAUACUUAGGCUGAGUACCUAAAAUUCUUUGUACAAAAUGACUUUUUUUAGAGAUAAUCUAAUAGAGGAAUGUUUUCUCUCACAAGUUUUCUGAUAGUAUUGUUUAUUUUCUUACGUCAUGUAACUGUUUACACAUGUUUCAAAUAAUCAACAGCUAUGUGAAUGUACGAGAAUUCUAUUCAGUUUAUUUGAUUUAUGAGAUUAUAGAAAAUUUUAUUAGUUCA